AUGGCUUCCACCAGUGAACUUGAAGAGGCUUUAGCACCCUUACUUAGUGCUAAGAGUGUCCUCACUAAACCAAUUUCUUCUCUUCCUGUGCUAUUCUUCCUAUAUGGAGUUUACUGUUUCACAUUUGGACUAGCAAUUCAUGUUCUUUUUCACCAGUCUAAUCCUGUUCACAAGUUACAGCAAAGGGGCACAAUAGCUCUCUUUACACUAGCUACUAUUUAUACUGCUAUCUAUACUUGUGAAAUAUUCCAAGAAGCCUCCCUACAGUUCCAUGCUGCAGCAACAAAGGAUUACACUUCAAUUUUGCAGUACCUCACAGGAGAUGAUGUAAAAACUGCUUUGUUUGGAAUCACAAGUAUUACUUCAACUCUUAUGAACUCAAUAGCUGACACAAUGCUUAUUCAUCGCUGUUAUCUUAUCUUCAAUUCAGACAAAUUUGUUUUAUUUCCACUUGCUUUUACUGCAUGUAUUCUGAAUGGCAUUGACCUUGGGUGUAUAAUUGCCAGUAUAAUUGGAUAUGGCAGCACAUCAAAGCCUGGCAAUUCCAAUCUUAUAGCCAAAGUGCAGGACAUUGAUUAUGGAGGAAUGAUAGCAAUAGCUAUUUUUCAAAUUAUAUUGUCAUUAUUGACUGGAUGGUGCAUUUGGUGGAUUACUCGCCAAGCAAGACAAUUUAUGGGACAGUCAGUAUGCACCAGAUAUAAUGAUAUUGUAGGUAUCAUAAUUGAGUCUGGACUGCUAUAUGCAGGUUCACUGUUGACUGCAGUUGUGGUUGAAUUUACAAUAGAUCCCCAGUCAACAGGAAAGGUUCCAGUUGAAUUGACAGUUGUUACAGGUUUAAUGUCUGGUCUUGCCCCUACAAUGGUCAUUACCCGGGUAGCAUAUGGAAAAGCUGUUGAAAGUGUUCAACAAACAAUAUCAACAUUUCAUAUUGCUAAUUCCCAGGCCAGUCAACAGACCAGUACAAGACAAGAAACUGUCGACAUCCACCUACAAAUGCAGCCUGGGAUUGCUGUCAAUGACCUACAAGGAGUGGAGGAGAUAUAA